AGAUAGACGAACGCGCGGAACGGCCGACGUGCGCUUCGCUCGCGUUCCAAGUUCAACCUCACGCGGAAUUGAUGUUGAUGACUUGAAAAAACAAAACAGUGCACUCGUGCGUCUCCACACAACAAGUAAAUUGAAAUAUCGUCGCUGAAUCGAUGUGGACGCCGAGGAUUCCUCUGUAGUAACCGAAGUGGCUGCAACAGUAUGUGGCGAGCGCUACUGCUGGCGUGCCUGGUGGCGUCAAGUCCGGCGCGGGCGCAGCAGACGCGACCUAACCGGGUCGUGGAUGUAGCCAGCGCCUGCGAUCGCUCCGCCUUUGCUGUGCACCUUACCUUGGACCAGCCCUUCAAAGGCCUUGUUUUCAGCAAAGAUUUCUCGAGGGAAUGUCGAGUUCAAGGAAAUCUUCAAAAGAAAGUGUCACUCCACCUGCCAUCAAAUGCAUGUGGCGUGAGGACGUCGACCCUUAACACGACAGUGGAGGAACCAGACGACGACGAGGACCUGUAUUAUUCUAUAGAAUUGAUCGUGCAGAUGGACAGGCAUUUGCAGCAGUCUUCUGACCAAGAGCUUAUAGUCAGGUGCAAACUGCAACCCAGAGCAGUUCGCAUCAACAGCUCAGCAUUAGAAGGAGUCAUCCAGAACAAAUUACGCGAAAUGUCGGGCAACGAAGUUAAGAAGUUCAGGACUGGCCGCAACCGCCAAGGUUUUCUGAAUCCAGCCGACGCGGAACAGCGCGAGAUGCUGAUGGAGUCAGCUCGGGCGUGGAUGGAACUGGCGCCGGCGGUGGCUUCUAUGGAGCCUGCUACUGUCGAGGUUGGGCAGCCCACUCGGUUACUGAUACAAUGCACUUUGCCCGUGGGCAUAGGACUUCGAGUAACGAACUGCGUGGCUCACGACGGCCUCGGCGAAGCAUCGCAAAAACUCCUUGACGAGGCUGGUUGCCCUGUCGACGAGACCAUCUUCAACAGACCUACCAUUCACCAACAUCGCCAUAGGAGCGAGGUCGAUUUAUCGGACUUAGAACCCGUCGAUCCACAGCGAAACCUCCACGAAAGUACCAAUAUCAAGCAAGCUAGAAAUGACCCUGAAUAUAUACUUAAAAAUAUCAUGACAUACCAGCACGCAAUGACUACCUUUGCUGCCUUCAAAUUUCCUGAUAGAGCAAAGUUGCAUUUGACGUGUGGAAUCGAAUUAUGCAAAGGCCAAUGCCCCGUGGUAGAUUGCAAAGCGUUGCAGAAGCCGCAUCAAACUAGAGAUGGAUUGGUCAGAAAAGCAAGGUUGAAUAAAGACGCGAAGGGAGUGGUUAUUGACCGAUUGGAAGUCUACAACAGUAUUGAGGUUCUCGCACCAAACAUUGAGUUGGAAGAUGAAGCUUCAAUAAGAGGUUCGAGAAGAAUCGAAGGUGAAGAUGAAUUCGUCCGAGGCUUCUCUCCUGGUGAUAAAACUAUCUGCUUAUCUCCUGGCAAAAUGGCUCUAGCAUUCUGCGUAUUAGGAGUCAUAUUCCUAUGCGCCAUUGCUGUAGCCUUCGUUUCAUUGGUUCGAGCAAGAAGGCGUUUGGGACGGGAACCGCUGCACACGUCGCUCUCUUUCUACACUGGUAGCAAAAGCUUAUUUUCUUCAAGCGAGAGCUCAAGUUCUGGACUCAGUGGAAGCAAGCUGCUUCUCACUGAUAGUCCGUAUUUAGACCAUCAUUCCUCAUCAAGCAAUAAUUGGCCCUAUUCCAGGGCUUUUUAAAUAACAAAUUCAACUGAAUUAAAACGACUGUAAAGAAGUUACUAUUUAAAUACUUCUUUGUCUAUUCAGCACCGACAGUUAGAAAGUCAAGCUCAAUAACUGAAGCGCGAAAUCAGGUUGUUUAUGAAGUUAAUUGUUCUCUAAUAACUUGUCAAAGGUACAACUACCUAUUAUUUCGUGAUGGAAGUGCAUGAAACGUGCUAUAUUCUGGAUAGACUAUUUAAUUGUGUUACAACGUAUUAAUUUAUUGAAUAUCAAUAUAGUAAGACUGCUCCAUACAUUUAAGUUCGUAAUAACCUUUGAGAGUGCUUGUUUGAACAGGAACAAAUUAAGAGGUACCUACAAGGAGAAUUAGAUUGUUUACUGUUCAUUAUUACAAGCAUUUUUCCUAUUUAUUAUUAGAUGUUAAAAAGGAAUUUUCCAUUGAGGAGGUGCAUUUGAAUCUUUGGGACAACGACUGCCAAAAACAUGCUUCAAAGGAAUUAAUUGUACAUAAAAUAACAUUUUACCAAACAGAUACAAAGGUUUUGAAAGUUUUUUGUUGAUGAACUUGUUCAAAAAUGAAUUUUGGAUAGGUGUGUUUUAAAUGUUACUUCUGUCCCCUUAGGUUUAGGGUUUUUAAGGGUUUACAUUCCUAGUAAGUAUAACCCGUAAAAGUUAACAUUAAACAUUGCACUCUGUUUUCUAUUCUCUGAUCUCUCUAUGUUCCGUAUUACAAAUUGACAUCGAGAUCAGAAACUAGUGCUAAAUCUUAAGUUAACUUAUGCGGUUUAUAAGAUUCACCUACUAUGGAUUUUGUCAUCUGCGCUUCCUCGAACUUAGAUUAAAAAUUAUUUUAUUAUCAAUGUAAUUUAGUAUUUAUGAAUCAAAUAAUAAUGUGAUAAAGGAUCAUAAUUAUCAAUAAUGAUCA